UCAAGCCACAUCCAAGAUGGUCUACACGCUCGUUGUCCAAUUCCGCGCUAAGGAAGGCAAGGACGUCGAAGAGAAAAUCCGCAACAAGCUCAUCGAGGCCUCGCAGACGUACGUGAAGGAUGCCGAGGUCGUCGGCUGGUACGUCAUGCAGGACCACGUCGACACACGCAAGUGGGCCAUUAUCGAGCGCUACGAGCGCGAAAGUAGCCUCAAAAUCCACCAGGCGAACCCGUACUACGCUGAGUUCUUCACCUACAUGGAACCGCUUACGGAGAAGACGGAUCUCUUCCAGUUCAAUGAGCUGGACACGAGCGAACCAGUGCACGUGGAGUAAACGGCUGCAAGAUAGGAGGGAGAAGGGAGACACCGUCACUUAGUUCCGAGAAGUCUGUCUCGAGUGAGCACUGCACGGAGCAACAAACUCAAUAACACUUUCGUUUCCCACUACUAGC